CAGAAUAUGAUUUGAAGUAGAGUUGAGUGAGAUAUUGCAAAGUGUCCGAACCAGUGGUUGUCCGAAGCCGACAGUAUAGAAGAACCUUCGUCUACACAGGCUGCUGAAGCCAUGUUUGUCUUAUCCAUAAUCAAAGAUACCAUUGCAAUCCUGCCAACAAACUUUGGUGUGCCUUCAGCACAAGCUCUCAUUUCAGAAAUCAACAAAAAAUAUGCCAAUAGAGUCCUUCACGACGUAGGGCUGUGUAUUUGCGUGUUUGACCUGGUAGAAGCGGGCGAAGGUAAAGUGCGAUACGGAGAUGGGUGUUUAUGGUAUAAAGUCAGAUUCAGAAUGGUCGUUUUUCGACCAUUCGCGUCGGAAGUGAUCCUCGCUAAAGUGAAGUCAUCAGACGAAGACGGCAUUCGAUUGAGCGUAGGAUUUUUCGACGACAUCUAUGUACCUCUAGCAUAUCUACCGCAACCAUCUGCCUUUGAUCCAAAUGAGCGUGCUCAUUUCUGGCUACCAGACUCGGAAGCAACAACCGCGCACGAGCUUUUAGAGUCUGCAACAGCAGACCGGAUGUAUAUCGAUCAGGGAGAAGUAGUACGGGUUCGCGUUGAGGCUGAUGAAUUUUAUGACGACGAACCUGGUCCGCCAAAAGCAUCGGAGGGUAUUGCAGUAAAACGAGAGGCCCGGCGCGCACCAUAUAGCAUGAUUUGCUCUAUCGCAGAACAGGGACUCGGGCCUGUCCCGUGGUGGAAGAGUGCCCAGCCUGAUGGCGAUGCUAUGGAAGAGGCAUAAUUUACUUCUUAUGUACUAGAUGCGUCUAGAUACUGUGGGACUCUAAUGUUCAUGUCCAUGUCUCUGAAUUUGGUUUCGGCGGGCGUAGUAUUCUCUCCUUCUUCACGCUCGGUGUAUUGGCUUCAAACGUUGAAACUUCACUCUCA